GCGUUGAGAGAAGAUAACGCUUCGCUUCUACGACGAGUGUCCGCAGAACGUCGGAGAACAGCUACAAGAUGGGGACGUUGUUUCGAAGUGAACCUAUGACAUUGUGUCAACUGUUCAUCCAGUCGGAGUCCGUUUUCAACUGCGUCUCGGAGUUGGGUCAACUGGGCAUCGUUCAGUUCAGAGACUUAAAUCCCAGUGUGAGUGCAUUCCAGAGAAAAUUCGUCGGAGAAAUUCGUCGCUGCGAUGACGUUGAAAGGAAAUUGCGUUACGUAGAGAAAGAAAUAUGCAGCGAAAAAAUUUCCAUCCCGGAGAGCGAAUACGAGAUGGAGCUACCACAAGAGAGGGACAUGACGGAUUUGGAGGCACUGGUGAGCAACCUGGAAGCCGAGCUGAGAGAAGUGAAUCAGAACAACGUCCUUCUGCAGAGAAGCUACGUCGAAUUGACGGAGAUCAAGCACGUGCUCAAGAAUGUCGACUCAUUUUUAGAACACGACGAGUCCACCCACGAGCACGAGAUGGUCCGGCGAAUGACGGAGGACGGACGUCGCGACCGGGCGCCUUCGGAGCUGCACGUCGAAAUCGGGUUCGUCGCUGGAGUGAUUCUGACGGAGAAGUUUUCAUCCUUCGAACGGAUGCUCUGGCGUGUGAGCAGGGGAACUGUCUUUAUUAGAAGGGUCUUCAUAGACACUCCCAUAGAAGACCCAAACACCGGUGAUCCCCAGUUGAAAUCUGUGUUCGUCGUUUUCUACCAAGGUGAACAGCUCAACUCCCGGAUCAAGAAGAUUUGUGAUGCGUAUCACGCGAGGCGGUAUGCCGUGUCUUCGUCGAAAGAGGAACGGCGUGACAUGACACUCAAUGUCUUGACUCGGUUGGAAGAUCUCAAGAUCGUGCGAAACAAAGCUCAAGAGCAUCGUGUUCGGAUGCUGUCCAAUGCGGCCAAAGAGUUUAGAGGAUGGUUGGUGAAGGCACACAAACUCAAGGCGGUCUACCACGCCCUGAAUCUCUUCAAUGUGGACAUCACUCACAAAUGCCUUAUCGGAGAAGCCUGGUGUCCAGAAUCGGAACUAGAGGAGAUCCAGAGGGCGCUCAAGAGAGGAACCGAUACGAGCCAGAGCCACAUUCCGUGCGUGCUGAAUCGCCUGGAGACGACCGAAUCACCUCCUACCUACAACCGCACCAACAAGUUCACCAGGGGCUUCCAGGCCAUCGUGAACGCCUACGGGGUAUCCACCUACCAGGAAGUCAAUCCAGCUCCAUACACCAUCAUCACAUUUCCGUUCCUGUUUGCGGUUAUGUUCGGAGACGCGGGUCACGGUCUCUUAAUGCUCCUCUUCGCCCUUUUCCUCGUCCUCAGAGAGAAAUCUCUGCAGAAGAUCAAAGGAGCGGGAGAGAUAUGGGACACAUUCUUCAACGGUCGGUACAUCAUCUUGUUGAUGGGUCUCUUCAGCAUCUACACUGGUCUCAUCUAUAACGACGUCUUUUCCAAGUCUCUCAACAUCUUCGGCUCCAGUUGGAAGGCUCCAGUGAUACCAUUCAAGAAUGCUACUGGGAAAGACCAACCUCUACAGCUGGACCCCACGAAAGACUACAUUGGAACGCCUUAUCCCUUUGGACUCGAUCCCGUCUGGUUCAUGGCAUUCAACAAGAUUCCCUUUACCAACUCGUACAAGAUGAAGGUAGCUGUUAUCCUGGGUGUCCUGCAGAUGUUUUUCGGGGUAAUCCUCAACCUCUGGAACCACAUGCACUUCAAGGACAGAACUUCAUUUCCUCCUCCGUCGUCACAAGUAGAAAGGUUCCUGCGUCAGUACCUGAAGAUAUGGACCGAAUUCAUACCUGAGGUGGUGUUUCUGCUCAGCAUCUUCGGCUACCUGGUCGCCCUGAUCAUUUACAAGUGGACACUUCCCGACGGAGCUCCAGAUGGUGGAAUCCCUUGUUCGAGAAGUCUCCUUAUUCAUUUCAUCAACAUGUUUACCUUCAGUUACCCCGACAAACCUUGCUACGUGGUCCUGCUGUACUCUGGACAGAGAGCGGUACAAACGACACUUCUAGUCCUGGCCUUGCUCAGCGUUCCCUGGCUCCUGAUGGCUAGGCCUCUGUACCUCCUCUAUCUCAGCUUCAAGCAUCGACAGCCGUCCACCGAUUUUUCUUCAGACUCUGCUCCUCUAGCUGUGACGGUUGAUGACAUCAUCCCCCACGAACAAGCAGCAUCCCCGCUGGAAGAGAGCACGGCCAACUCUAGUAUGUCGGCCGCCAUAUUAGAAUCGGAACCCGAAGUACAUACCCCGUCGCACAAAGAUCAUUUUGAUUUUGGCGAAGAGUUCAUUCACCAGAUCAUUCACACCAUCGAGUACUGCCUGGGCGCCGUCUCAAACACGGCCUCCUAUUUGCGUUUGUGGGCACUUAGUUUGGCACAUUCGCAAUUAUCUGAAGUGUUAUGGCAGAUGGUGAUGCGCAUAGCACUAGGAAUGUCCAGCAGUUGGGUCGGAGCGAUCGCCUUGUUCGCCAUCUUCACUGCUUGGGCCAUACUCACCGUCGGCAUCUUGCUCCUCAUGGAAGGCCUUUCUGCCUUUCUGCAUGCGCUUCGUCUACAUUGGGUGGAGUUUAUGAACAAAUUCUUCAAAGGCGAAGGCUACUUGUUCGAACCAUUCAGCUUCCGAGAAGUCGUCGCCGCCAUCGACGAGCAGUUCUAAUAAGUCGUUGUCCUACGUACUUAAUGUUUGCAUAUAAUACACGUUAUCUUAAUGCAGUCGUUGGACAUUGGCUUAUUUAUUACGAAGGUACGAAAGAGGAAUUCCCGUCGUUCUAUCAUCCAUUAACGUUUUUGUCGUCGUCGUCUUGGUAGGAAGACCAUUGGCCAAUCACAGGGAAGUGUUAUGGUUUGACCCCUUCCCAAUUCAUGGGAACAAAUAUUGUUUUCUCAAUACGGGGCUCUACAACCCAGGAUGAAAUCCCACGUCUACAUUCAAAGCGCGCGGAUUGGUGGGGCUACAAGAAGCAGCAGAUAAGCAGCAGAUAAGCAGCGAGUUAUCGCGGUGUUUUUUUGUUUCAGUUUCCUCGACCACGAGAUCCGUCUCCCAAAUGUUUUCUUCGUCACCACAUCAAUUUCGAGCCAUCGUGUACAGCAGGUGUCAUCUCAGCUGUAUUAAAAGGCCCUCGUCUUUAUAUCCAUCACUUAAAUCCCUUUAACGUGACACUAACUGUACAUUUCAGGCAUCAUUUAACGCGUCCACCCAUCCCGUGCACUCGUAUUUUGACUCAAUAAAUCCCGCCUUAUAACAUCCUUUGAAGCCCCGUCAUCGAAUUACACCCGGAACCGCCCCCCACAUUUACGCCACGUGACUAAACAAGGAACCGACGCGCCUCCUGACGACAAGCAGCGUCAAAAAACGCGGCAGCGGUGUUACAACUAAAAAAAGAGAGAGAAAAUACGCAGCGCCACCAUGUGCCGGCUAAUAAAUCAUCGGGCGACGACAAUCUGCAAGGCCGGCCGUCUGCGAGUCAAAAAGUAGCAGACGAUGACAUACGAUGAGUGGGGGGAAAUGACGCGCUCUGUGUUUGUUGAACUUCCGUUUCUGCUGACUGCAAGAUCCUUCUUCUGUGGUACCUUGGAAAGGGAGACAUAAAUAAAUACCGGCACUCGAAGAAGCUGGUAAGUGGUGACGGCACGAAGCAGGAUUGUCGAGGGAUCGGCGAGUAGCGAAAAUUGCGGAAUAAUUUGCGUUAGGGUGCUUAUAAAUAACUGGUCUUGUAUAGUAGCUAAGCAACGAGCAAUUCAGUUAGCUUUGCAAUGACAAUGACCGACCGAUAUAUAUUACUGGGACUCCGGGAUUUUCCGUCUGGUUCCUUCAGCUCUGUGGUAAUUGUAUGCAUUGUAUGAAUGAAUGAAAUAAAAAUGAUUGAUUGGUUGA